GAUCGCACCAUGUCGGUCACGAUAGUGCUUUUCUACACGUUCGUCACGCUGUUCAUGUUCCUGUCCUACAACCCGAAGCCACGGAAAAUCAUCGAAUCGGUCCGCAGCUUCCUGCUACAUCUCCUACAACACAAUAAUGGCGCCGUCGAUGGGGACACCCCAUCUGGGCUGGAUGCCGGCACGGCUCUGCGACCCAUUCCAACCGGCGAUGGGCGUCUACCGAAGGUUAGGUCCAUCUGGGACAUUCCAGGACCACGCCGACUGCCCUUGAUCGGUACCAAGUGGAGGUACUUCAUUGGCCGGCAGCGCUACACCAAGGUCCACGAGACGUUCCGAAGGAUGCACCACCGGUACGGACCGAUCGUGCUCGACGUUGACACGGUCCCGAUCGUGAACCUGUUCGAUCGUGCCGACAUGGAGAAGGUCCUCCGGUAUCCCAGUCGCUAUCCCUUCCGGCCACCAACGGAGAUUACUGAGGUGUACAGACGUAGCCGUCCGGAUCGGUUCGGUGCGACUCAUCUGAUCAAUGCGCAGGGCGAGAAAUGGCACGAGCUGCGGAUGAAGCUGACUACGGGUAUCUCCUCGCGGCGCAUCCUUCAGUCGUUCAUUCCGUCUGUUAACGAGAUUUGUGAUGACUUUGUGGAUCUGCUGCGGCGCCAACGUGCAACUGAUGGGACGAUACGGAACUUCCAGGAUAUCGCCAACUCUGUCGGGCUAGAGAUCAUCUGCUGCCUGGUGUUGGGACGUCGCAUGGGCUACCUGGCUGCGAACCGGCGCAAUGAAAAGUUUAUCCGGUUGGCCGAAGCCGUCAAGAAGUCGUUCGUCUGCAUCAGCCAGAGCUACUAUGGGUUCAAGUUGUGGAAGUACGUUCCGACGAAGCUGUACCGUGAUUUCGUCCGCUGCGAGGAGAUCAUUUACGACACGAUCGCGGAGAUCGUGUACCAGGCGCUCGAGGAGGAGCAACUCAAUUGUCCCGACAACGACGUAAAGCACAUCUUCAUCAGUAUCCUGCAAACAGAGGGCAUGGAAACGAAGGAGAAGAUAUCCGGCAUCAUCGACCUCAUCACCAGUGCCAUAGAAACGCUUUCGAAUACGCUUUCCUUCCUGCUGCACAACCUCAGCCAGUCGGUGGAAAAUCAGCGGGCGAUCGCACAGGAAUUCAGUCAUUGCACGCACAACGUCACCAAUGACGACAUCGUAGGUGCUCGUUUUACCAAAGCGUGUAUCCAGGAGUCGUACCGGGUGUCACCUACGACGCCGUGUCUGGCGCGUAUCCUCGAGGAGGACUUCCAGCUUUCCGGCUAUCAUCUGCAGGCUGGAACGCUCGUACUGUGCCAUACGUGGAUUGCUUGCCAGAGUGAGGAUAACUUCCGCCAGGCUGACCGCUUCCUGCCGGAACGCUGGCUUGAGCAGCGAGACGAGAACAAUAACGUGGUGAACAAGCGACAGGAACCGGGCGCUGGAGUUGUCCUUCCGUUCGGUACCGGUCGACGUAUGUGUCCCGGUCAGAAGAUCGUGGACAUUGAGCUGACGUUGUUGAUGGCAAAGAUAUUCCAAAACUUCGAGAUAGACUAUCGCAGCCCGCUCGACACACAGUUUCAGUUCCUGCUGGCCCCACGCACGCCGAUCGAGAUUAGAUUCCGAGACCGGACGUAGCGGCUAGGCAUGGCUAUACCGGCAGCGACCUCGCACACGACCGGAACAAUCGUAACGGCCGCCACUACCUCGUACACCAGUUCGGUACACCUACGACGAUGUGAUGAUCAGGAGAUUUAACGUUCAAGGAGAGACAGAAAGCAGGGAGAGAGAUAGAGAGAGAGAAAGAGGGCACGCCUUAUCAUAAGCUUUCGGUAGGUCAACCUGCCGAUUAGAUCGCAACGCGAAUAAGAAUUACCUUGGAUCGUACUGAUUGCUGCAUGAAUUCCGUUUCCGUCUCUUCGGCGCUGCUGGAGACGCGCAGAAGAUACAAGCCUAUCUGACCGCACUGUGAAAGACUAACCGUAGAGACUGU